ACAUUCAUUUCAUUUCCGUUUGGCCCAGUGACGAAUCACAUGGUUGUUGCUUGAAUCUACAAAUAUCUUCUGAUUAAUUUGGCGUAAUUAUUAAAUUGUUGGGCAAAAUGAAACCUAAACCUACUAAAAGCAAACAGGUAAAGAAUGGGUGCUUAACUCGAACGACAGAAGAGAACAUUACAGGUGUAGUCAUCAAUUCGGCUGACUGGCAAAUGUACCUCGUUUUGGUCGGAAUAAGGGGAAAAUGGCGUUGAAACUUUUUCUUAUAUGCCCGGCGUGCAUAUACAUAAAUUUUUAGAGCGCCCGGUGAGCGCUAUAAGAUAAUGAAGGGAAAGCAUGUGAACUUGUAAUAGAGUCAAUUCCUUUGCCCGGCGUGCAAAGAGUGCGGCAAGCGCUGAUACGCGCUACAGCUAAUUUAAUGGCUGAGAGAGCAAUGCCCGGCGAGUGUUGCUGUGUGGUACGGGUAUAUUGUGAUGCGAUGAAAGCAUUAGAUAUUCAAGAGAUCCCGUUAGAAUAUUUAAUGAAUCAACCACCAAAGAAAAAAGCAGCUCCUCCACCAAAGGAAGUAUCUAGCGAAGAUGAAGUUAUGGACAGUGAAGAAGAAGACGAAGAAAGUAACGAUGAAGAGGAAGGUGUAAGUGCUAAGGUACCGAAAAUUUCGGCAAAAAAUGGUGGCGGUGAUGAUGAAGAUGACGACGACGACGACGACGAUGAUGAUGAUGAUGAUUACGAGGAAGGAGAUGAUGAUGAUGAUGAUGAAGAAGAAUCUCCCGCAAAAAAACGUAAAGCAAACUCUGGAAAAUCAUCUAUUCCGGCAAAAAAAGCAAAGAAAACAACUGAAGAUGAUGAUGAUGAUGACGACGAUGAUGAUAAUGAAGACAUUGACAUUGAUGAUGAUGAUGAUGAUGAUGAUGAUGAAGAAGAAGUAGUUGAUGAUGAUGAUGAUGAUGAAGAAGUAGAUGAUGAUGAUGAUGAAAAUGUCUCUAAGAAGCGUAAAGCAACUACUGCAAAAUCCUCUAUUCCUAAGAAAAAAGCCAAAAAGUCAUCGGAUGAGGAAGAUGAUGAUGAUGAUGAUGACGAUAAUGAUGAUGAUGAGGAGGAGGAAGAAGACGACGACGACGAUGAAAGCGCUAAACCUAAAAAAUCCAACAAAAACAAUGAAGGAGGAAACAGGAAAUUGUUUCUCAAAGGCGUACAGGAUUUGACAGAAACUCAAAUAAAGAAAUUUUUUCAAAAAGAGAAAAUAGCCGUCAAAGAAAUUGAUAAAUUUCAUGGAAAAGAUUUCGCUGUUGUUACUCUUGAGAAAUCGAGUGACCUUCAAAAAGGAAUUUCUUUAAGUGGAAACGAAUGGAAGGGGGCUGAAAUAUCUAUCAGAGAAGACAAUAAAGGAAAAAAUGAUAAACCCAAAACCAACACAUUUGAAAAAAAAGAUCAGAAUACGCUAUUUAUAAAGAAUAUCGCAGAAAAAGUAACAGAGAAGGAUAUAAAGGACAUAUUUGAUGAUGCUGUAGAGAUAAGACUGGCUAAAAAUAAACAAGGAAUGGGUCAUAGAGGAUUUGCUUUCGCCGAAUAUGCUUCUGAAGGGGAUGUAGAAAAAGCAUUAGAAAAACAUCAGGGAAAAGAAUUGAAAGGACAAGCUCUCUUUUUAGACUUCUGUGGUACUAAAAGCAAAAACACGAAAGGAGAUAGAAAGGGUACAUCGGAUGGUGUUCCUUCAAAAACCUUAUUUGUAAAGAACUUGAGUUAUGAUACCACUGAAGAAACACUAAAAGAACUUAUGGGUGGUGUUGUUGCUCGCAUUGUCACACAUCAAGAUACAGGCAAAUCCAAGGGAUUUGGAUAUGUAGAAUUUGCUUCUGAAGAGGAUGCUAAGAAAAGUCUUGCUGAAAAGCAAGGUUUGGACAUAGAUGGUAGAAAUGUAUUUGUGGAUUUUUCAACUCCCCGUGGUAGCGGUGGAGGUCGUGGUGGACGAGGCGGAGGUGGUCGUGGAGGAAGAGGUGGAUUUGGAGGUAGAGGAGGGCGUGGUGGAUUUGGUGGUCGAGGAGGCGGCCGUGGAGGUCCUAGAGGAGGAGGUGGCUUCAGAGGUGGUUCAAGAGGAGGAUCAAGAGGCUUUCAAAAAUUUCAAGGCACCAAAAGAACCUUUGAUGAUUAA